AAAAAAUAAAAAAAAAUACAGAGUUUUGUUUGGCGAUGGCUUUAGUUUUGUGACUUUUGUCAAAAAGGUCUAAACCUAACUCUAUAAUAGCGUGCCAUAAUUAGCUCGCAGAUUUUUCCUCUUUUAUCAUGAAAUGGAGUUGAGGGGUGUGCAGUAAAAUUAGGGUUUUGUUUUGCUCCUAUUUUUGAGUUACCUGUUUAAAGAAGCAUUUAGAUUUGGUAGGUAUUUUUUCUUUUUUUAAAUUUUCUUGGAGGGUUGAUUGAAAGCCAAUGCCAUUGGUAUUAGUUUGGGAGAAAGUUGUAGUAUUAGCAUCACAAAACACUCAAUUCAAUGUCGUGGGCUAGCCCAGAAGAUAUUUCUCUCUCCACUUCUCUCGCCACCUAUCUUGACAAAAAAAUUCUUGUCUUGCUGCGUGAUGGUCGAAAGCUCUUGGGGCUACUCCGUUCCUUUGAUCAAUUUGCUAAUGUUGUUCUUGAAGGUGCUUGUGAGCGAAUUAUUGUUGGAGAUCUUUACUGUGACAUUCCCUUAGGUCUAUAUGUAAUCCGUGGGGAGAAUGUUGUUUUAAUUGGAGAGCUGGAUUUAGAAAAGGAGGAGCUUCCCCCGCAUAUGACUCGUGUAUCAACAGCAGAAAUAAAAAGAGCUCAGAAAGCAGAAAAGGAUGCUACUGUUUUAAAGGGCUCCAUGAGAAAAAGAAUGGAGUUCCUUGAUUUUGAUUAACAGGUCCAGUUGUUUUUGUUACAAGUUCACACCUUGUUUGCAAAUAUUAUUGCAGCGGAGACCCAAAAGAAAAUGGAAGAGGGUGGGAAAAGUCAAACUUAUUAUUGCUUCCUGUCUUGCUGGAGGUUAGUAAAAAGAAGAAAAAAAAAUAGUAACAAUUCUGAAGGCCUAAUUUGCUAAAGUUGGGGAGAAUGUUGGGUUUCCGGACUGUUAGAGCCAUGAUGACAUUUUCCUUAGACCUCCGUAGCAUGUGGGGUAAAUUGAUAUGUGCAGUACACAAAACUGGGUUCUUUAGUUUUAGUUAGGUUUUUGAUUUUUUCUAGUUGUAUCAAAAUUUAUGUUUGAUCUCCCCGGUUAUUCUCUUUUUACUCCCUC